GUCCCCAUCAUGUGUCUUCUUGCAGCAGCUGUGGAGUGAUGCAAUGACCACUGCAGACAACAGAUCAGAUUCAGAGAUGCAACCAUUGUCAAAUAUUAGACAUUUUCUACAGUUUCUCAUCCUGUGUCUGACCAUAUCCAUUAUCCUGGUUCUAAUGUGUGCAUUUGCAAUCUUGCUCUUGAAAGAGAUAUGUGUAUGGAGAAACAGAUCACCGAGCUCCAGUUCCAGCGAUGGAACGGUUUCUGAAAAAACAGGAGAGGCACGCAACAGAAGGCCAACAUAUAAAGAGAAAACUAACUCGAUCUAUGUUCAGUGGAAACCUGAAGACAGUACGAGUUGUGUAAUGAGCCAGUUCUUUGACCCAGCGCAGGAUUGUCAAGACGGGCCCCCUAAGCAGAGCAUGGUGUCAGCAUGUCACUAUUCAACGACAUAGAGUAUCGUACAUAUUUUACAGCAGCAAAUAGAUGACUAACCAAAUUGUGAGUAGGUGCACCACAACAAAUGAAAAAAACAGUGGUAACGGUGUAGCAUGGCAAAUAACACAUUUCUAUGGCUGUGCACACAUAGGCCCCUUCGACCUACUAAAUCCAACCACAAUACCUGAUUGUUAAAAUAAUUCGAAAGAUGCUCACAUAUAUCAUAGCGGCAAUUUCUGGGCAAAGUUUUUGAUCAAAUCCUUAAGAUCCAGCUGGCACGCCCGGGCUUUAUCAGUCAAGAACAUGGCAAAUCCAGAGAGACGGCUCUGUCCCAUUGAGCUCCUCAGAUAGUUUUUAAAAGAAAAAAUCUAUUUCAGUUUAGACAAAGAACGCUCAGCAGAAGCCACAGUCACCGAGCUAGCUUUUUAAAGAAAUGUCAAAUUUUUGUCAGUUUAUUAUUUUCUUUCUCUGCUGCUUUUUUAAUUUUCACUUCUGAAAGCCACUUGUGUCUAUACUUAAACUCUAUGACAUCGCUCUUUAACUCGAGUGCAACUACAUAUAUAUUAUAAUUGUUUUCUGGUACUGUGUUAUAUACUCUGGUAAUGACGUCAAAGACACACCAUCAAGCAGAAGUUUGAUUCACAUACAUGGUAUUUAAAUCGACAUUCGCCAGGCAUUGCUUUGGUGUUCGUGGGUAUACUAAUGUAAAUGCAUGUCCUGCUUACGGAUGAUGGGGCCCGUAUCCAAGUACAUGCGAACCUCGCGGGCCCCUAGGCUCUGAUGUAGUUGCCUUACUGUCUUAUUGAUUGUUACGCUCUUGGAUGAUACAUCGGACUAAGCAAACUAUACAUACUAUACUCCACUGUUGUUCCCAUUACAUUUAUGUACAUAUCUGCAAUAUCUGUAAUUGCAAUAUAUUGUGACCUUUAAUUAAAUAUUUCUAUAAAUUCCUCCUUUGGACUUUUUUUUUUUAUCCACUAGGUGUUCUUUUAACUUUAGCCAACAGAGGGUGUGGUUGCAUGAGCUGGGCUAAUGAGCUGGCUGAUAUACUAUUGUUUUAAGAAUAGGUUUUAACAGUGGAGCAAGGUAGGUAAAUAUAUGUUUAACAACAUUUAUGAUCAUCUUUAUAUUAAAAAAAAAAGCAAACAAACAAAUAUUUCUAAGGAAACUGUUGAUUUUUUUCUUGUUUUCUUGUUUCUCUCUAGGUUGCUUUCAGAUGAUGAGCAGUAGAAAGAAAGAAAGAAAAAAAGGAAGCAACUCAGCAAAGCUUUUACUCUGUAGUUAGAUUAGAAUGUGGUUGACCACCGAUAUGCAUGAUUGGGGUCAUUUCUUGGUCAUCUGAAAAAAACAAACCUGUAAUUCAGUUAAUAUUUUAGUCAAUAUAAGAGUUGAUAAAAGUAACCUAAAACCAGCUAGAUAAACUAAAAACAAAAAACAGGCUCAAAACAGAUUUUCCAUCAAUCACAAUGCAACCAGAAAUUAGCUAGCUAAAUCAUUAACUUCACAUGUUAUAAUCACCAUGUUUUUUCCUUAUAAUAUUAACCCCUUGAAUGUACAGUCCACUCUGAAACUAUUGGAACUGCAAGGCCAAUUCAUUUGUUUUUGCUGUUGACUGAAAACAUUUAGUCUUUUAGCUUUUAUUUCCUGGUAUGUACAACCCCAAUUCCAAAAAAAAAAAAAAAGGGGCGCUGUGUAAAAUGUAAAGAAAAACAGAAUGCAAUGAUUUGCAAAUCUCAUAAACCCAUAUGUUAUUCACAAUAGAACAUAGAAAACACAUCAAGAUGUUUAA